AUGGAAGGCUCCUUCUUUCCUAUUUUACACUCACGAGGAGGCUACUAUCGGGCUCAGAGGCUCUUAUCCCGGCAACACCGCCCUUUGAUCCAGCAGCAGAGGAAGCUUAUGCAAGAAGAUAGAGCGUUUCACGUGCCAUGCGCCACUGUGCUGUGCGUCAUGCUUGCCGUUACCACUGCUGCUGCAGAGCCAGCCCACGGAUACAGUGCAGCAGUGGGAUCACAGGACCACACACCCGCCCCUUCCCCCUCCCCCUCCCCCGCCCCCGCCCCCGCCCCCGCCCCCGCCCCUCUCGGCCAAUCACUUCUCACCAGCUCAGCGAAAUGCCCCGGGAUAAUCAUAGACUAUCGCAUUCUCUCUCUCACGCCCAUCCCCUUUGCCGGAGCGCCUGCGUUCCGCUUCACCUCCAAGGUUACCCUCUCUAAUGUGGGGCCCAGGCCGCUCAGGAAAUGGGCGCUGUCGUUUGGGUAUGUGAAUCAGGAGGCGAUUGGAGAGGUGGACGGGGCGGUUGUUCCUGCGGGCGUGCAGCUGCCAGUAGCAGGCAACGGUCUCGAGCUCUCCAGUCCACCAGGGGCCGCAUUCCUGCUCACAGCCGUCCAAUCAGGUGGCCAGAAGCGGCGCUUCCAGCACGUGAUACAGCUGGCAGGCACAGAGGUCGCUGCCACGUCAGCAGCUGCUGCACUCCCCAGGACCAUCUCCCUUGAUGCCACUGGGUUUACCUGUAGCGACACACCCAUGCUCUCAGGUCGCAAUGACACGCUCCGUGUGUGCUGCCCCUCUACCGGCCCUUCUCAGGAGACGCAAGUGGCACCACUGCCGCUACCAACGCUACCCAUAUCCAGCCAGGGGCUGCAGAUCCAGUGGGACGUGCUGAGCGCCAAUGCGUCUCAGUACACGGUGGCGGUGCGAGUGAGCAACACGCAGCGCUACACGGCAGUCAGCAGCAACCCCGGGUGGUCCUUGCAGUGGGCGUGGCAGAUGGGCGAAAUGAUCCUGGAGUGCGAUGGGUGCCAAACACUAAGGCAAGGAGACUGCACCUCAUGCCCGGCGUGCAUUGACAACCCAUCCAUCACCAACCCCUACUCCUGCGAUCCUAUCCCAACCAUUGUGGAUGGCUCCCCCCUGAACGGAUCUCUGUCCGCAGCAGCGUAUGACAACUCCUCCUCCACAACUUUCACCAUGCUUCUGGCCAAGGCGCAGCAGUACUGGGACCCCUCGCUGCUCACCUUCCCUGCCAACUUCACAGCGCAAGUGUCGAACCAGUCACAGGGAUUCGCUUGUGACCCCCCUGCUGCGCUCUCCCCUGCGGCGCUUGAGACUGUGGUGGGCGGCAGACAAACCAUGAACGCCAAAGCCUCUUACGUGGUGACAUGUGGCACAGUGGCGGGAAACGGGCCUCUUCCAACCUGCUCCGUGUCAGCAUCUGCCUUCUUCAACACCUCGCUCGCCCCCAGCCCCUCCUGCGCCUGCGGCUGCUCUUCCUCCAACACCAGCCAGGGCGGCGGCCAAUGCGACGCCGCCACGUCUGCGAGUGCGGACCCCGCUGCAACCGUGCUAUUGGGCGAGGACCUGGCAGGGCUGGUGGUGCCGGGGCAGAGCGAGGGGAGCUGUGGCACUGGCUGUGGUAUUCAGGCACACGUGACUGUAUCAGAUGCGGACGAAACAGGCUGGACCAUGCGCGUGGCGCUCUGGAACAGUGCACCGCCCACGAUCAAGAACUGGACGGCAGUCUUGGCGUUUCCCCAGGGCUUUGCAGAAAACCUCCAGGAAGCUUCCUCAGUGGUGGCUCAAUUCGACUCCCCACCAUACGGUGACAACCUAAUGAUAUCAGGAGAGCCCAGUGUGAACCAGUGGCUGCUAGGAGACGGAGGCAACGUGCAGUGGACUCUCCGCUUCAACCGAACACCCAACACAGCCGGGUUCAACGCCACGGGCGGGGACACUGUUGCCAUCAGCUCUUCUGUCUUCCCAUUGGCUGUGCUUGUGGGCGGCCAACAGUGCCAGAUGCCGGCCUUUUUGCCUACCGCUAAGGCUGCAGGGACAGGCGGGAGCAGGGGUGGGGCUGUAUGGUGGAGCGUGGCAGUGGCAGUGGCUGUGUGGGCACUGCUGUGCUGA